AUGAUUUUUACGCCUGCUUCUUAGUAAGAGAAGGCCACAUUAGAGAAGAUAGGUGAAUUUCUUAUGGGUUUGAGCAAGAAUGUGCUUAAGCAAGGGAGUUCUAUUAGUUUACCUAAAUUUCUGUAAGACUUAGAACUUACUUCAAAUGAACUGUGUUACAUGCUUUAAGCUAGAGAUUAAAAUGAUUAUAGUCAAGCAAUCAAUAAAUAUACUUAAGUUUGGAAGGACGUAUUGAAAUCGGUUUAGAUAAACAAUCAGAUGCAUACAGAAGGAGAGCAGGAACUCGAGCCUCUGUCUAGAGCAGAUAUUAUGUAACGAAUGAAAAAGAAAUUGAUGGAAGGAGGACAAACUGGGAGAUUGGGUGGGGCUAGAGUUGGAGGCUUCCAAUCACCAUUAGCUGAAAAUGAGAGAAUAAAGAAUCGUUAAUUAAGUAGCAAAAAUUCUAAUAUCCUGCCAUCUAUUCGAUUGAAUUCAUUUGAAUAACAAACUGAUCGGACUCUGAAUAAUUCAUCAAGGGUGCAAUACGAACUAGAUGAUAAUCAGAAAUGCAUCUUAAAUGAAGUCUUGAAGCAAAGCAAUAAACUAAAUGUAUAAAUUGUGAUGAAACGAUAUGAUCCAAAAAUAAAGUUAUGCAUAUCUUAAGGAACUGAUACUAAUCUUGAUAUCUUGGAGGUUAUGAGAAAUUUUAAGAAGGAAUAUCACGAAAGUAAAUUGUAAGAGAUUGUGCAGGAUAGUGAUAAACAUUCUAUGGAGCUCUAGAAAUUUCUGAAUGAAAGGAUUGAUUAUCGAUACACUCUGUAGACAUAAUAGGUUACUGAUAAAUUAAAGGGAGUGCAUAAGUAAAUGAUUUAGAAGUCUAUGGAUAUCGAAACUGUUAUAUUGGACACUUAAAAAUAAUAAAUUCAACAAGACAUGAUACCAGAUAUCCUAAAUGACUUUAUAGACUAUGUGAAUGAGAGUUAUUAGAAUGUUUAGCAUGAAACAUAUAAAGUCAUGAUGAAAUUCGUUUCUGGAUUCUUAGUCAGGAGACUUAAAUAAGAUUCAGAGAAAAAGUUACCUCAAUAAAAUUCAUAAUAAUUAUUGUCUGGUUCCAAUAAAGAUCGCAAAGCCCCUCCCAUUAGAAGAGCAGAUAAUUCAGAGUAAUUGUAGAAGGAGUUAUCAAAUAAGAAUGUAGAAUUGGACAAGAAGUUUAUGGAGAACGCAGAGUUGUGGAACAAGGUCAGAUUAAUGGAAAACUAAAUUAUGCAAAUGAAUAUCGAAAUUGAAUCUACUAAAAUUGCUGAAAAGGCUAUAGAGUAAGAACGAACUCAAUUAUUGUAUGAAAAAUAAAAAUUAGAAAAGCAAUUGUCUGUUAUAACUAGUAAGACAUUUCAAGAUCAGGCAGUUCAAGUGUCAGAUCAAUCAUUGCAAUAAUAAAUAUCGAAAUUACAAAAAGAGAAUUAAGAACUGUAAUAAAGACUCUAUCAAUUAACAGGAGAGUUAAAUAAGAAGAAAUCAAUACCAGCAGAUUAGAGAAGUUUAUAAAUGGACAUUGCCAAUAGUUAGGAUCAAUCAAACAAGGAUUCUCCAAAGGGGACUGGAAAAAUUAAAUCUCAAUUUGAUUUUGCACCAGAUGAAGAUAAUGUCUCAAUCGGAUAUCGUGGAGAAUCAAAUAGAUAGAUUUAGUUUAGUGACUACUCAAAGAGAAAAAGCACUGAUGUAGGUUAUAGAAUGAGUUUCACUUAACAUAUUUAAUCUUAGAAAGAAUAAAAGGUCUCCAAAAAUAAUAGUCAAACAUCAGAUACACAAUAAAAAAAAAGAGCUAAUCAACAUUCAUUCACUGAAUUUCAUCCAUCCAAAUAACCCAAUAAAUAAACUACCAUUGAUUAAAAGUCAAUAUAAGAAUUAGAUGAAGAGCAAAUGCAAAAAAGUGGUUUACUCUUGCAACAACAACAAUAGCAAUAAGUCAGAAAGAGUGUAUCUCCUAAUAAUGAGAAUGCAUAAAUAAUACGAAAGAUGAGUUCUAUGUCGAAAUCUGAUUAACAAUUACCCUCCUCCAUAGUUAGAAAAUCUACUGUCAAUUAAAUGAAGAUGGGGGACUCAAGCAUUCCAGACAUUGAUUUGACUUAAGCUUAAACUAAUCAAGAUACAUAAAGAACCUCUUCUGGUAGAAUGCUGACUUUGACUGAAAGAAAAAACGAUACAAGCCCUUCUGAUAGAAGAAUCCAAACGGAAUAUACUGAUUAAUCGUAAUUUCAAUAACCUUAAAUGCAAUAAAGCCAGCAAAUUUCAAAUACUCCAUAAUAAAAUAAACAAUUCAAAGGAUAUAAAAAGUCUGAAACCUUUUUGGCUAAUAAACCAAAAAACAAAUAUGCCAGAAAAUCAACAGAUGCCCUAAGAGAAAUCCAAGAGGACUAAUAAUUUGGACCACCUUCAAAUAGAGGCUCAACUAGAUUAAUAGAAAGUAAUAAAACAAGAAUACCUCUGAUUAAGGAAGAAGAUGAAGUCAGUAGGAAUUCCAAAUCUCGUCUGUCUUCACAAUAGUCAUCAUAAUCUCAUAUAAGAAGGGCUAGCACUACCAUUUAAUAACCUAUAAAGAUGGCAAUAAAAGUUAAUGAUGAAAACCCUUCUGAAUAUAUAGCUUAGUGGAAACAAAGAACUACCGAACAGGAGUAAUAAACAGAUAUUGAAUUGCUAACAAAUCUAUUAGAGACCUUGAUUUCUAAUUUAGGAUUGCCCUAGGAUAUUUAAUAGAAGAUAAUGGAGACAAUGCCAGCAAUAAUUUCAUUAAAAAAUCUGAAUUAAUUGUCUGAAAUUUAAAAUAACCUAAUGAAGAAACAAUAAUCCUUUAAAAAUGUAGUUUAAAAAUACGGUUUUGAUACUGAAAGAGUAAGUUCAAAUUAAACUAAAAAUCAUAGUGCUAAAUAAUCUUAAGAAUCACUCCUAAAACAUGAAUCAGAGGAGGAACAAAUUUAGAUGGGUUCCAAACUAGGAUCUCAGUAGCAAGUGGACACUUAAAGAAUUUAAAAUUCGAAAACAAAAUCAACUAGAUUUUUAUAAGAAAAGUAGAAAAAGGAUUCAACUGUCUAAAGAUAACCCUCAAGGUAACCAAUAGAUCCUUAGGAAUAAUUUGAUUAGGAGGAAGCCAAAUAGAUUUUUAAUAUGGCUGCUGAAUUGAAUAUAGAGUAAGUGGAUUAGAUGCCAUAUGAAGAGGUUGUGAAAUAAAUAUAGAACUAAGAAAACGAUGGCAAACAAUUACAGUAAAUCAAACCCAAUGAAUUGAAAGGAGAAACCUUCUUACGAACUUUAUUUAAUCAAAUUUAAAACAAAAAAACCAAAGGAGUUGAAAAUGUGCAAGAAUUACUCAGAAAGUACUACAAAAAAGGAAAGCACGAAAACAUAACUUAUUAUGAAUUCAAAGCCUUCUAUUAAAGAUUAGCUGCAAUCCAUAAAACAUGUGGAUAAGAUUAGAUGUGUAGUCAUCUCCAAAGAUUUAUUAUGCGAUUAGGAUAUACAUGCUCAAUAUUUUCCAAAAGACAACUAUUAAAAACUAACACCUCAGUACUAAAACCAUUCAAUACAAGUGAAGAUAUGACAACAUAAUCCAAAUUGACUAAUACUCAUUAAAAUUUAGCUUAGAGCAGAUUCACUAGUCAAUAAUUUUAUAUGUCUGAAGAAUAGUUUUAUUGA